AAAAGUUGUUUUGUUGGUCCCACUACUUCACGUCCAGGAAAAAAAAACAAAGUGCUUGUACUGCUUGUGCUACAAUUUACAAAUUGGCUUUUGAGAGUUUCUAAUCCAAAAACCCCUAGGCUAGUACUACCUUGAAGAGAAUUAUGGAAGAAGAAAUCGCGCCUAUUAUGACAAUAACGUUCAGCAAUGAAGCAGACGCAGACGUAUAUAAAACUAAACUUUGUGAAUUUAUUCAAACUUUUCCUGAAUUGAAUUUGAAAACUGUGGACAAUGUAACGAAUGUGUUCAAGAAUUCGAGUAUUUCCACAGAAAAAGAAGAACUAAACGAAGUUAAUUCCGCGUCUACAAAGUUAGGUUCCAAGAAGUCACGCAAAAAGAAAAAACGUCAAAAGGACCCUGUUUUUUUUCUUGAUACGCAACCUUCUCUUGAUGAAGGAAAUUUCAUUUCCAUUUCUACAGGUGAGGUUCGAAAACUUGGAAUUGAAGAAGCUGAAGAAGAACCAGUAAAAUUAACUUUUGGACCCACGUGCUUUAACUGUGAAGGAAAUCAUUCUCUUAGAGACUGUCCGCUUCCUAAAGAUAUGGCAAAAAUUAAUUCAAACAAACAAAAUCAUCAGAAAAAUAGAAGUGUGAGGUACCAUUUAGAAGACGAUCUCAAAUUUGGCCACAUACAUGCAGGCAGAAUAUCCGACAACUUAAGAUAUGCCCUCGGCUUGAAGAAAUAUGAACUUCCACCAUACAUUUACAAAAUGCGACUGAUAGGUUAUCCACCUGGAUGGUUGGAAGCUGCCAAAUUAACAAGUUCGGACUUAUUGAUGUAUGACGGAAAGGGAAACACUAUCAAAAACCAGAAUGCUAAAAAGGCUACUGGUUUGGAUCAAGAAAAAAUUAUUCGCUUUCCAGGAUUCAAUGCACCUUUGGAAAGUGGAUUUAAAGAUGAGUAUAGGCACUAUGGUGUGCCCAAGUACAAUGAAACUCAAUUUCCCAAACAAGUUGAAGAAUACAUCAAAUUUGCCCAGAGUCAAAUCGACGAUCUUGAAACAGAAAAUAUGGAUAUAGAUGAGACCAGUGAUGCAGAAUCAGAUGACGUUGUAAUUGUAAAUUUACCGGAGGAUAAAGAAAUAGAAGCCAUAAGUUUACAAGAACUAGAAAAUCAAAAAAAUAGUAUUCUUGAAGAGAUCAAGAAGUCUCAGGAAACAGUACCCUGGGUUCCAACAUGUGAAACAAAAGAACUAGUAGUUGAAGAAAAUGUAUCAACAAAUGCUAAUGACAAUGAACAGAACACUGAAAUUGAAAAGGAAAAGUCCGAUUCCGAUGGCAACACACAAACAGACACAAAUGACGAAGAAAUUACUGAAGUAAUAGAUUUAACUGCUACAUGUACCGAGACCGAAGCUAAUUUAACAUUAAACAACAGUGUGCCUGAGCCUGACACAAGUCUAGGAACUCCAAAAGCUACUAUAAUGGGAACGCCUAUAUUCAAGAAAACUUUAUCACCUUAUGUCCAGGUGCCUCCUCUAGAACAUUUCAGGGAAGGUGUUAGUCAAGUAAUUAACUAUGAAAAUUUGCCCAAUACUGAGGGCAAGUAUGAAAUAAUGAGAGGAGUUCUUCAGAAAAUUCGUCAACUAAAGCCAUAAAUUACUUGUUCAGCGGUUUAAAUGAGAUGUUAAUUUAAUUAUUUAAAAUAUAAUGCAUGGAAGGAUGUUUUUUGGACAACAAUAAGGUUGUAUUUAAUAAUUUGAAAUCGUGUGGCAGCACAAAAUAGUUAUUUAUGCAACAAGUGUGUAAAGUGAAAAAAGGUGCUUUAUGCACAUAUUGUAUACAAAAUUUUUUCUACUACCAAUUAAAUAUGUGUAAAAAAAUAAAUUUAGAAAAAUACUUUAUGCACUAGUGCGUGAAGUAAUUUACCAGAAAAAUGCCAAAUUGACAGUGUCGAUAUUUGUCAUUGACAUUACUUUACGCACUUGUGUGUGAAGUGAAUUAUUUUACGCACUAGUGCAUGAAGUGAAAUUUUACGUACUAGUGCGUGAAGUGAAAUUUUACGUCUUCUGAAUAGCGCAUGAAGUGAGUACUUUACGCACGGUAGUAGAAAAUAGUUAUUUAUGAUGUAAGUGCUAAAAGUGACAUUUUAUUUUGUGAAAAGGGAAGUUUGGGAGACGACGCCGAAGGCGGAGUGUUCCAUCCCUUUGAACAAAAUAAAAAUCACUUUUAGCACGAAUAUCAUACACUAUUUUUUCUACAAACACACUAAAAGUGAUUACUUUUAGCACUAGUGCUAAAAGUAAUCACUUUUAACACCAGUGUUAUAAAAUGGCAUUUUAGACACUGACAACAUCCAUUAAAAAUGACACUUUUAGUGACGUUUGUAGAAAAAAGAUUUUUUUUUUGUAAUUUGACGACCAGAACCAUGUUGAGAAAACAAAAUAAAAGUGGCAAGGGUCUUUUGUAUUCUGUAGUUUACUAUGACUAUGAAUAAUUAUUAUUAUUGCUGCUCCAAAAACUUUUCUAUGAUAAAUUUCUAAAUAAAUAUUUGUUUUCAA